UGAACUUUACACAGUAACUUAACUCAGUGUCUUUAAGGUAGACGUAUGCUAUAAUGCGAUUAGCUUUAUUCUGCAGAAAUACUAAACACAUUUGAGUUUGUUCUUCAACUCAAGAAAGGUCUGGCGUGUGGUAAAGCUAUCUGAUUUAGUCUGAAUACUCGUUAUUAUCAUGAGGUUGUAGGCAGCAUUCCCUAGUUCAUGUGAGGGUUAAGGACCACUUGAAAUGACUUGACUGAGUAUUUUAGAGGUUGUGUUUUGGGCAGAGAGACAGGAGUGGACCAGAUACAACCGGUUAUUUCAUGGCAAAUUUUAAACUUAAUCAACAAUUUACCUUUAAAAAACACAAAGUGGGUUAAUUUAAAAGACUUCUCUUGAAUCGGUUUGUCCGAUUACCAACCAAGCAAUCCUUAAACAUGUUUUCCUCUGCCCAGAGCUGGAAUUAAUGCAGCAAAAUGCUAUUUAUAUGCAAAUAGCUUUCCGCACUAAUAGAAUCUUACCGGUGCUGCUGGCUUGGGUUGAAAGAAUGAAUAAUUACCACAACAACAAAAAAGGACUCAUUCUAAUGAAUAGGAAUGUUUAGAUGAAUUCUCAGUUUGGAAACGUAAUUUAAAGGUCUUUAAGCUGUUUUCUGUCUCCCGGCUCUUCGACAGUAGAUACGAGGACAACAGCAGCAUCCUGAGCUGACAAAGAAACACUUCAUUGAAGAGAACGAGAGGCUGGAAACAUCCAUGUAUCUUAUGGACAGGCCCUCUGAUUCAGCAGCACUUCGUUAAGAUGCACCUCCCCAGGAUCAAGAGAACCCAGUCACCGCACAGAGAGACCGUCUCCCCUGUCCUCUCCUACUACUCAGAGCCAGCCUACCUGCAGCACCGUAAGGAUGUGACUAGAGAUCUGCCCCCGCUGCCUGGUGGAACGAGAAGAAGAGCCCAGGAUGAGGAGGACAAGGAAGAGACGCUGAGCCAACGGAGCAUGCCCAGUAUGAGAAGCAGCCUGGGUCACGCCUCAAAGGUGAAAAGGUCACGGGGCUUCGGGAAGAGACACGCCAUCCCCGAGCUCAGACUGCCCCCUGUUACUAAGAUUCAUCCUGACCCCAGAGCCAGUCUGGAAUUGAGGGGUACUGGCUACGUAAGACGUUCCAUACUUCCACCCAUCAUCAAAUCUACCAGAACCCAUGAGCCUCUGCACCAGGAAAGACCCCCAGGUCCAGCUGGGUACAGGCCUGAGAAGAAGGCUGUUGGUCUGACGAAGCAGGGAGACGUCCCCCCUGGACUUCCAGAGAAGAAGGCUGUUGGUCUGACGAAGCAGGGAGACGUCCCCCCCGGACGUCCAGAGAAGAAGACUGUUGGUCUGACGAAGCAGGGAGACGUCCCCCCUGGACUUCUAGAGAGGAAGACUGUUGGUCUGACGAAGCAGGGAGACGUUCCCCCUGGACUUCCAGAGAGGAAGACUGUUGGUCUGACGAAGCAGAGAGACGUUCCCCCUGGACGUCCAGAGAGGAAGACUGUUGGUCUGACGAAGCAGAGAGACGUCCCCCCUGGACUUCCAGAGAAGAAGACUGUUGGUCUGACGAAGCAGAGAGACGUUCCCCCUGGACGUCCAGAGAAGAAGACUGUUGGUCUGACGAAGCAGGGAGACGUUCCCCCUGGACUUCCAGAGAGGAAGACUGUUGGUCUGACGAAGCAGGGAGACGUCCCCCCUGGACUUCCAGAGAAGAAGACUGUUGGUCUGACGAAGAGUUUUAAUAAUCAGGACAUCCUCGAAGUACCUGUAGUGACCAUGUCCCAGAUCAUUUCUGAUCAACCGCCACCCAAGACCCAACGCAUCACGCUCCACAGCCCAGUGCUGCAGGCCGUGUACCCGAUCACCCCUGACAACGAAACACAAACCAGAAAGGCAGAGGAAGAUAGAAAAGCCCUGUAUCCCAGAGUCCUGUCUCCUACAUCCACCUGCGCUAUAUCUAACACCAUCGGUCCUGAGAAAGUAUACAGAUUCCAGCCACACCUUCUGAGAGAUUACCCCCCUCCAUACUCCUCUGAGUGGACCGAUCCAAAGGCAUUAACCCAAGGAAGGACUGAGUGGACUGAACCAAUGGCUCCAACCCAGGGGAGAGGAGAGAUGCUGUUGAUCAGACUGAGCAUCACAUGGUCCAAGGCCGAGAACAGCAGCAACCUGAGACAGCCACAGUCCCAGUCUCAGCUCCAGCGUUGCCCCAUCCGUCCCCUGAAACCAGCCCUGAGAAGACUACCCAUCUCCAACACAAGGAGGCUGAGGGACUGGGGGAGACGGGGGACAACGUUGGGGUGUCUGUGGGAGGAGGAGGAGGAGGGGUGUGUCCCACCCCCGGUCCCAGUCCAGCCUGGGUUACUGGAGCCCUUUACAGGGUUCAAAGAGCACCUCUGUCGCCAGGUUCUCCACUCCCCCACCCCCCUGGCUCAGCUUCUGGAGAAGGCCUCCGAGGGAGACCAUAUAGACACACAGGUAGACAGACAGGCAGACAGUAUAGACAGACAGGUAGACAGACUGGUAGAUAGACAGAUAAUGUCCCAGGUUCCUCAGGUGCAUACCCUCCAGACCCCCUGCAGUACUCUGCCAGCCCAUACCGUGCAGCUGUCUGGAUCUGAGGGUCCAGGAGGAGCUCUGCCCAGAAUCACCAUGACCAGACCAACUCCUUCCCCCAAACUCCCCCUCCUUCAGUCACACACUAAGAACAGGCAUGCAGCAUAGAUAGAUAGUCUGUUUUACAUGGAACUGUCAACCUACAGUGAUGUUCUAACUCAAAACCAUCAAUCUACAGGCCUGUUCUACCAUGGAACCUUCAAUCUACAGGCCUGUUCUACCAUGGAACCUUCGAUCUACAGGCCUGUUCUACCAUGGAACCUUCAAUCUACAGGCCUGUUCUACCAUGGAACCGUCACUCUACAGGCCUGUUCUACCAUGGAACCUUCAAUCGACAGGCCUGUUCUACCAUGGAACCUUCACUCUACAGGCCUGUUCUACCAUGGAACCUUCACUCUACAGGCCUGUUCUACCAUGGAACCUUCAAUCUACAGGCCUGUUCUAUCAUGGAACCUUCAAUCUACAGGCCUGUUCUAUCAUGGAACCUUCAAUCUACAGGCCUGUUCUAUCAUGGAACCUUCAAUCUACAGGCCUGUUCUAUCAUGGAACCUUCAAUCUACAGGCCUGUUCUAUCAUGGAACCUUCAAUCUACAGGCCUGUUCUACCAUGGAACCUUCAAUCUACAGGCCUCUUCUACCAUGGAACCUUCAAUCUACAGGCCUCUUCUACCAUGGAACCUUCAAUCUACAGGCCUGUUCUAUCAUGGAACCUUCAAUCUCAGGCCUGUUCUAUCAUGGAACCUUCAAUCUACAGGCCUGUUCUAUCAUGGAACCUUCAAUCUACAGGCCUGUUCUACCAUGGAACCUUCAAUCUACAGGCCUGUUAUAUCAUGGAACCUUCAAUCUACAGGCCUGUUCUACCAUGGAACCUUCGAUCUACAGGCCUGUUCUACCAUGGAACCUUCAAUCUACAGGCCUGUUCUACCAUGGAACCUUCAAUCUACAGGCCU